CCGACCGGACUAAAUUGGGGAUUUUUUUUAGUUCCUCACGUAGUUCCUAUAACUCUUUCCCAGUCAAGAGCGAGGACUUUUUUAGUUCCCUUUCCCUAGGUCUACGUUUAUUGGUUCAACUUAUAAGUCAUGCCAACUGUCAACACGGAACUUGUAGCACGCUGUCUACCAUACGCUGUGUGUUUUUGCAAAACAUUACAACGAGGAUUAAGACAAACGUGACGCAUUCAACCAGCUAAUUGCUAAUGCUAGCUAAACUCACCCGCCGUUUUGUUUGCCUCCUGCGCUCUGCUCUUUUGUCUUCUUCCAUCAUAUUACUUAAUAUCACAUUACGCUGGAGCCUUCGUCUUGUGUUUCUCUGUACAGAACUCAAGCACAGAGAGGACCCUGGUAGACCUUCAUGUUUGGAUUUAAAGCCUGGUAGGUCAAGAUCGAAAAUGGAACUGAUUAAGAUCAUCAAGGCAAAAAAGCAUGUUAGAAAUAUACUAAAUUAAAUGCCGCAGUCUUCCGUAAUCACAAUCUGAUUUAUGUAAUUCAUUGCAUGUGCACCUUCAAACUAAAGAUGUGAAUCAAAUUGUGGCCUUGCACAGCACUCUUGAAAUGAAGAAGAUACCGUCGUGGCUUUUUAUAGCAGUUUCACAGACCUGUGUCAUCAUCGUGUGAACAGGAAGGAAGUGGAACAUGACGACCAGCGUUGAGUCUUUAUGUAGAGUUGACAUUGCAGAUCUUUGAGCUGUCGCAUCUCGCCAGCUGGAGGAAUCCUAGCAGAGUGGCGUCUUCUGAACUGAACUAAACUGAACUGUGGACUGAAAUGAAACUCCGAGGGGAUAACCAACACUAUCAACUCUGCCCUAUGGAUCUGGGAUUGUUCCAGGCUCUGGAGAGAGAACGAGUCCUAGAGGUUCUUCAGAGAGACAAAGCACUUCGAACCAUCGAAGCAGACAGAAUCAGGAGGUUAAAGAUAGAACUUCAAGGUAUCUAUCGCCAGGGUGCCAAGAGCAUUGCUCGUCCGUAUGGUCAGAGAUCGUGUGCGAGAUGUCAGCGACCUCUGGGGAAGUUCUGGGACUGUGGUUCUGUGUGCUGUGGAUGCAGUCACCGCAUCUGUAACCGCUGUCGGGUCGUCCGGUCCGCUAGAGAGUGGAAGUGCACAAUGUGUCAUGCAUUUAGGGAAUUUAAGAUCAAAUCUGGCGAAUGGUUUCUGGAGCAGCAAGCAAAGAAAUUUACGGAUGUCAAAGGAGACAGUCAUGAGACCACCGGAGACAAACUUUUACAGUCUUAUCAACGGCUCAGCUUCAUUGCAGUCGUGCCACCAACACCUCCUCCCUUUAAAGAAGUCCCAUCAUUUAACAAAUCAAUGGAUCCCAAAACAUCAAAGCCGUUUACUAAAUCUAUGGAGAACCUUAUGAUGUCUGUCAGUGCUCACAUAAAAAAGCUCUCCAAGUCUCAGAAUGAUUUGAGUGAGGAAACCGGUCAGCUGACUGUGGAUUACGGGCGCAUGAACUCCAGACGCAAGAGUCUUUCAGAGAGCGCCCUCGACAAAGCCUGCAAUCUGUGCAAAGCUCCCAGUCUUCCCGAUCUUUCCCAAAACACCAAAUCCUCGGAGCAGUACGCAUCAUCAAGCACAAUUUACCUGACAGAUGACGAUGUUUCAUAUACAUCCGCAUACAGCGAUGAGCACAGGGACAGCAACAGCAGCACAGGAAUGGAUUGUGGGUUCUUUGAAAACAGCGUGACUGGAGAAAUAGAGGUUGGCUUUGGGUACAACAACAGGACGUCCUGUUUGGAGAUAACUAUCAAAGCCUGCAGAAAUCUGAUGUUUGGAGAUAUGAGGAGGAAAUGUCAUCCGUAUGUAAAGGUCCGUUUGCUGCCGAAGGAUUAUCACAAUAAUAAGAUGAAAACAGCAGUCAAGAAGGGAAACAACCCGGUGUACAAUGAAGCGUUUACAUGUGUACUUGAGCGUGAGCAGCUGGUCCGAAGUGUGGUCCAGGUCUCAGUCUGGCACUCCAGAGGACUCAAGCGCAAGCUCUUUCUGGGUGAGACUUUUCUCCGUCUGGCAGACUUCAGCCUGGAGAACACAAACACUCAGCGCUCCGUCUGGAACACACUCGGCCCUAAGAGACAUUCACUGGGUGGCGAUGUUGAGCUGUUCACCUCAGACCCGCUGCUGCUUAAAGCACAACUACAGUUCCUGACACACACUCACGACACUUUGAUGGGAUCUGCAGGACAGAUGAAAGUCGUCAUCACUGAUGUGUGGAAGCUCUCCGUCUCAAGAACAGCUUACAUCGAGGGGACUCUUCAUCUUCCUGGAGAGAGAGAGCUAGUGCAGAGAACUGCUCUGAAGAAGACGGAUUCUCUCCAGAUGAGCUUCAGCAGAGUCUCACUUCUGGAGCUCCAGCAGGCCGUCCUGCAGAUCAACCUGUGGGAGAAACACACCUUCAGCCUCGCUGACCGCUUACUGAGAUCAGCACGACUGGCCGGCGAAUCCUCAUGGCAACGCCUCCAGCAGAAGCCAGGAGAGUGGCAUGACUUCGUUCUUCCACUUCACGCAACUGUCAGCACAAACAUGAGGUCAUAACCGAAGAACGUGGACCCUUUUCAUCGACCCACACAUCCUGGCAUGUGGCAGUUGUGCUCACAAGAGGCCACAGAAUCCUGCGAACAGACUCUCAUUCCCAUUUCUUGCAUCCUAUUUCAUCAGACAUCAACAGUUUUGGUGUUUUAUUUCAUGUAUAAAUUAUUUCAUAAAUUAAUAAACUGAAUAUAAUCUA